GGACGGAGGAUGGCGUCUGCCACUCGCUUCAUCCAGCUGUUGAGGAAUUGGACAUCUGGGCAAAACCUGCAGGCGAAGCUGCAGCUGCGCUACCAGGAGAUCUCCAAGCGCUCAGUGGCAGCCACUGAGAAGAAGGCAGUGACACCGGCUCCUCCGAUGAAGCAGUGGGAACUGUCCCAGGACCAGCCCUACCUCUGACCCUCUGCCCAGGGUACCCGAGUACUUCUUCGCCUCCUGGGAUCCCCUCUGGGGAGAAUGUGACCUAAUUUAUGACAAAUAGAUCG